CGGGUCGAUCUUGCGCCCCACGCUGCUUUCCUAACAUUGUUCGCGUCCUCACUCCUCUUGCUACUUACACUGUUCGCUCUCACGCGAUACAUCAGCUUUUUUACCUCAGCCAUGACCCUAGGCCUCGUCUGCAAGGUUCUAGGAUACGUGGCCGUUGCCCCGGCCUGCCUUGCUACAGACAUUUAUCUGUGUAUGCGGAGAAUCGUGUUUGCAUUUGGGUCAGAGAACUCCCGGAUCCGCGCAUUGUACAUGACACUAUCACUUCGCUCUGCUUCAAUUUUAGGGGUUACUGACAUACCCCUUUUCAUCCUCUGCGACGUAAUCUCUCAAAUCCUCCAAGCUGCGCGCGGUGGCCUCGUUUCCGUAGCCUUCCACUCGGGUGAGCCUACAGACCUAGAUAAUGAUAUAAUGAUCGCGAUCCUCGCGUUCCAAAUCUUCACGCUUCUCGCAUUCCUCCUCCCUAUGAACUUCCUCCUUACACCCUGCGUCGAUAGCAUACACUCAGUCCCGCUGCACCGGACUAGCCCCCCUCCCUCGCUGCGCUUCAGCGAUCUAGUAGGCUCUUUACUCGGUGCCGGCGCCAUGUCCGGUGCCUAG